GAGGCUUUAAGUAUUCUAUAGAUCGUAGGUCCGUAGCAAGACAAGAAUGCCGACUGCCACUGUUAGUUGUGAGAGUGAGACACAAGUUCGCCAGGCAAGGUGCUUUUCGCCCUUGCGUCGUCCGCACCUCAACUAUGCAUGCGUAGUCUGUACAGAGUGGUAGUCAGGGCCGUCGUCCCUUGGCUAUGGUGUUUCUUUUCUUUUCUCUCUUCCGGGGCGUGCAGAGUGUCUGCGAGCCAAAGCAUACCUACUACCCGGGCCGUCCACUCUGCGUCCCCCGUACGGCGUGAUACCUCACUCUUCUCGCGAGACCGUUGCGAUUUGCGAACCAGCGAGGGAACAAGUCCAGCGGGACUCCGGAGCUCACGGGAUGGAGACACCUAGAAUGACCGGGUCAGGGGCAGCAGGCCUCCUAGCGUUGAGAAGCGAGUGAGAAACGGCAAGCAUCACGUCCCCGAUUUUCGGUCCACCGAACGAACAAUUACAACUGAGGUACGGAGUAGUGCACGGAGUACCAAUACAGAGUCACCGUAUCCUGUAUCCGUAUCGUCGGAC